UCUAGAAUGAUCUAGUGUGGACAGUGCACAGUGCUGUAGCCUAUGAGCGACGUGGAGGACACCGGAGAGGACGACCGCAUGACCUUACGAUCAGCUAGAGGACCAGUAUCCCAUGUGUCUUUAGGACCGAGGGUGAUAGGGAACUGUUCCGCCGACAAAGGGAAAGGAGAGCUAGAGCAGCCGAGGCCAGCAGGGCAUUUGCUAGCGAGGUGUAAACUCACCUUGCCRCACGAAGAAGUGCUUGUGGCUGCUUCCUACCUGGAGGGUAGUGCAACGAGAUGUUUGAGUGGGUUAGUGCAACUCCAGGGGUACGGUCAUGACUUCYGCUCUUGGGCAGCCUCUCAAGAAUUGGAGGACUUCCUGAAAAUGGUGGAAGACAGKUGGCAUGAUCCGCAGGAGGCUCAAAAGGCCACUGAUGCGAUCCUGACACUGCACACUCGGCAGUUUAAGUCAGUAAGGGAUGCCACCAACGCUGUAGAGCGUUUGAUUUGUGUUACAGGGGUACGCUAUGACCCCCAGGUCCUGCUAACUUCGUACUUGAGGACCUUAUCUCUGCCGCUCAGGAACCAGUUGGCGAAAGAGGCCAACAUUAAUAUGCACAACUUUCCUUCGUUCAACAAGGUGGCCCUAGACCUAGAAGCAAAGAUAGGGCAUGGACACGCACCCACUACGGAAGGGAGAAAGAAGACACUGCCUUCCAACUGGAAGGCAAAGGGUCGCUUAAUGUUUGUCGACAAUGAUGGUUCAACCAUCGAGUUGGACGGCAACCUCCAGGAGGGAGUAGGUGCAGAGGCAGGUGGCGAUACUUCAGAGGGUGGAGUAGUCACCGCCGUAACCCAACAAAAAGGUAAAGGGACCGGUAGACGCCCUAGGGGAUCCCGGUCGAAGAGUCAAACAGACCCCAAUGCUCCUCCAUGGGAGAAAGCGGGUCUAGCUGAGGACGUGUGGAGAGAUCGGUGGGCACGGCAAGCUUGUAUCAAGUGUGGCGAAUAUGGUCAUAGCAUGUACAAGUGCCGCAAUAGGAAGGUCACCGAGAAGAUCCCGCCCUCUAUGGGGUCGGCAGUAGGAUCCUCUCAAACCGUUGGUAGCAACGUUGCUAGGGUUGUUGAGAGGGAGGUCGUCCACGCGAUAGAGAUUAUCCCAGGGUCUAGUAUUCCAAGGGGUAGGAUCUAUCGAAUGUCUCCAGGCGAGCUUGAUGAGCUUCGCCGCCAACUCAAAGAACUCGUAGAGAAGGGCUGGAUCCGGCUGAGUGUCUCUCCUUAUGGGUCUCCAGUUUUAUUCGUGCCUAAGAAGGAGGGAACUCUAAGGAUGUGCAUUGACUAUAGGGGCCUCAAUGCCAUCACUGUGAAGAACAGAGAGCCCAUACCUUGCAUCGAUGAUCUGUUAGAUAGAGUGCAAGGGUGUCGGUACUUCAGUAAAAUAGAUCUGAAGUCCGGGUACCAUCAGAUUGUAAUUCGGCCUGAGGAUCAACACAAAACCGCAUUUCAGACCAGGUAUGGUCUAUACGAGUUUGUGGUGAUGCCUUUUGGCCUUUGCAAUGCUCCUGGCACCUUUCAACACGCUAUGAAUCGGAUAUUCCAUGACUACUUGGAUAAGUUUGUCGUCGURUACCUCGAUGACAUACUUAUUUUUAGUAAGACUGUCGAGGAGCACGUAGCACACUUAGACAAAGUUCUCAGUCUCCUGCGACAGCACAAGUUCAAGAUCAAUGGUGAAAAGUGCGAGUUUGGCCGCACCCGUAUCUUGUACUUGGGUCAUGAGAUCUCCGCGGAAGAGUUGAAGCCCGAUGACGCGAAGGUGGCCAGCAUUCGUGAUUGGCCACGUCCUCAGUCUGUGACUGAGAUGAGAUCUUUCUUAGGAAUGACAGGCUACUAUAGGACUUUCGUUAAGAACUACAGCAUAGUGGCCGCUCCUUUGACUGAUCUGACCCGCCUUGACACCCCUUGGGAGUGGACAGAUAAGUGCGAGGCUGCUUUCAGACAUCUGAAGCAUGCAUUGACGCACUAUGAAGUUUUGAAACUUCCUGAUCCUGACAAGCCGUUUAUAGUUACAACGGAUGCCAGCCAAUAUGGCAUUGGCGCCGUCAAGUUUGUUUCAUAUCUUUAUCGGCUUCGCAGUGCUGUUACAACACUUGAAGUGACAAGUGCUACUGGGAGUGCUCUUGUCCCUAAGAUAGCAUACAAGAUGAAUUAUUUAUUUGAGAGGCUUUUCGGCAAGCCAAAAGCGGAGCAAUCAGCGCUCCCCACCCUGGAAAAGCUACAGGAAACUCUUGAAAUGUUGGAGAAAAAGGAGGCCUUCAUGCGCAAGAAGGCAGCUAUGGAGGUAGAACAAGCGAAGGACUGCACUCGGCGAAAGAACAAACGAGCCGCCAUUCAAUGUUUGAAGAGAAAGAAGAUGUACGAGGUGCAGGCUGAUAAUUUUGCGAAUCAUCAGCUACGAAUACAUGACCAGAUGAUUUUGCUGGAGGGUGCAAAGGCAACGACGGAGGUGGUGGAUGCACUGCGAACAGGGGCUUCAGCAAUGAAGAAAAUACAGAAAGACACAGACAUCGACAGCGUUGACGAUAUAUUAGGUGAGAUAACCCUCCAAACGGAAAAAAUGAAGGACAUUCAGCAGGUUUUGGGAGAGCCGGUUGGCUUCACUGAGUUCGAUGAUGAAGACCUGAUGAAGGAGUUGGAGGAACUUGAAUCAUUCGAGUUGGACGAAGACUUGCUUGAGCCACCUGAGCCUUUGCCAUCUGUACCAACACAUAGUGUGGAAGCAGCGACAGUUGGUACCACACAUUGGGGACCACCUCAGUCUGCUGUCAAAACUGCAGUGGAACUGGAGAUCGAAGAACUUCAGAGGGCCAUGGAAACUGCAUCUUAAGUGGUCCCCAAUGAAGGUUCAUACUAAUU